AUGUUUUCAUGGGGAGAGGACUGGCAGCAGGGCUUUCGCUUGAAAAAAGCCUCAAAUGUUCAAACUGCUGAUGGAGUGCACUUUUUAAACCUCAGUUUUCACAUCGCGGAUCUUUCAGCUGGUCACAGUGUGCUCACCUUCGUUAAAAGUAGUGGGGAUGCUUACAUUAUUCGCACAGUUGAGAGCAAAGAUGAGGGAAGAGUGAGAGGCAAACAGAAGUUUGUGAAUUGUGAGGAGAAGAUUGAGGCUGUGUGUUGUGGUGAUGAUGUGGUCACACUGCUGUCUGCAAGAGGCCGAGUUUUCUGUGUGGAUCCAGCUCGCACGCCUUUCAUUCCCAGGACUCCAGAAGGAUUGCGUAACAUACGGGUGUCUCAGGUCGCUUGUGGGAGUCAGCAUACAGUCGCUCUGACAAAAGAUGGUCAGCUGUAUACAUGGGGCCAGGGCUCCAGGGGCCAGCUGGGGGUGGGCACAAACAAGUCCAGGGUUGACUGUCCUCAGCACGUCAGAUCUCUGUCAGCGAUCCCUGUGGUCCAGGUGGCUGCAGGAGGAGAGCAGAGCUUGGCCCUCUCUGUCUCUGGAGGCGUGUUCAGCUGGGGCAGAAACGAGUGCGGACAGCUCGGACUGGGUGACACACGAGACAGACAUACGCCGACUCUCCUUCAUUACCUAAACAUGAAGAAAACUGUUUCCAUUUCCUGUGGGAGGGACCACACUGCCGUCCUGACAAAGGAUGGUGCAGUGUUUACAUUUGGCUCUGGGCAACAUGGACAGCUCGGCCACAACUCAUUACAGGAUGAACUGCGUCCUCGCCUUAUUGCAGAGCUCUGGGGGUCAAAGGUCACCAAGAUCGCAUGUGGGAGCUAUCACACAUUAGUGCUGACAGAAUCCAAGAAGGUGUACUCCUUUGGGUGUAAUAAACAAGGACAGCUGGGGCAUGGAGAGAAGAGUCAUCCAUCAGUGCCACUGCCUGUCCAACUGCCACACGACACCACUAACAUCUAUGCAGGAGAAAAUACUUCAUUUGCAAUAUGCACUCCUCAAGAGGACACUGAUAACGGCUCAAACAGUGGCACUAAGAACAAUGUGACACAGCACUCGAUUGAUAAUAUGAUUGGCAAAUGGACCUCUAACUAUGAUCCGAAGUCAGUGAAAAAUCUGAGGCAGGAAAUUCACGGGAUGCUCAGCUCUCCAUUCUGCAUGAAUCAAAGCUUCCUCGACAGGCGCAAAGAUAAACAUUUCCAGACCUCACCAAAGUACUCCGGUUUGGACUUGUCACUUGCACGGCACAAUUUUGAGAAACUGGUGAAGUCAGAUCCCGUUUUGGAAGAGGUUGAGGCUGCUGUUCUGGAGUUGCUUCCAUCUCUUGAUGUGAAACCAGUGGGAGUGGAAGGACUGAGGAUCUUCCUGCUUCUCAGUGAACUUCUGCAUGCAAUGCAGAAAUGUAGACAGCAGCAGAACACAAGACUUGCUGAUGCAGUCGCUGAUGUCAUGCAAAGACUCCCUGACGAAAGCGUCCAGAUUUUAGGUGACUGGUGGUGCUCACUGUUGCCCUCCAACAUGGUCAGACACGUUCAGGUGUGGAAGCAGGCCCUCUCACAGAUCCUGUCCCAGAAGUCUGUUUCUCAAAAGUCUCAAGCCACAAAUGUGCUGCUAAUCCUCCAGCAUAUGUACCAGGCAAACAAGAGAAACAAGAAAAUCCCAGAAACAACUUUUUGCUUUGAGAUUAACCCGAUGUUUCUGCAUGAGGAUCUGAUGCGCUGGCGCACAAAGUCCAAACUCAACGGUACGAACGGUCUGCCUCUGAUUCUUUGCAGGUACCCAUUUGUGAUGGAUCUGAAAUCAAAGAAAAUGGUUUUUGACAUGAAUUCUGCAUGCACUCAGAGAGAACACCAAGUGCCUCCACUUCUUUAUGGAGGGGUUCCCGUGUCAGAUCCACGUUUUUUUGAGCUGAGGCUGCAGCGUGCGUCACUUUUCGAAGGCACCUUCAGACAGCUGGCAGCUGCUCGUCACGAAGACUUCAAGAAGCCGCUUGUGGUAUACUUUGAUGAGGACCCAAAGGUCACAGAUGUCUACAAACGAGACCUUUUUCACCACCUGUUUCGUAAUAUUGUGUCAGCUCAGUCUGGGAUGUUCAUGCUCAAUGACUCCAAAACGUUGGCAUGGUUUCCCUCCAAAGCAACAGAGGAGGCCAAGAGAAACUUCUUCCUGUUUGGGGUUCUGUGUGGGUUGGCCUUGUACAACCAGUGUAUCAUACACUUACCAUUCCCACUGGUUCUGUUCAAGAAGCUUCUCAAUUUAGAGCCAACGCUGGAGGAUAUGAUGGAGUUCAGCCCAGCUAAUGGACGGAGACUGCAGAGCAUCUUGGACUAUGAAGAUGAGGUUGUGUGUGACCUGUACAUGGGCUUUUUGAUCACCUGGGACGGGACAGAGGUUGACCUGGAUCCUCAAACUCCUGGAAAGCCCCUGACAAGUCAAAAUAAGAAGGAGUAUGUGGAGGCCUACGUGCAUCAUGCCUUCAACACAUCAGUGGAGAGUGUGUUUCAGGAGUUCAAGCGAGGCUUCUUCCAGGUGUGUGACCAGGAUCUGGUGAGGCUGUUUCGACCAGAGGAGCUGCAGGGCGUGCUGGUGGGCCAGGACGUCUAUGACUGGAAAAAGUUCAAACGGAACACAGUUUAUGAGUGGGUGUACCAUAACCACCCCACAAUACAGAUGUUUUGGGAGGUGUUUGAUGAACUAACUGAAGAGCAGAAGAAAGACUUCCUUCGGUUCCUGACUGGUUACAGGAGAGUUCCUAUUCUUGGCAUGGACCAGAUCCAGAUGAAGGUUCGCAUUAAGCAAAUUCAGAGCGGCUCCUACGAUCAGCACCUCCCCGAGUCACUGACAUGUCACUCUAUUCUGGAGCUACCAUUAUACUCAACCAAAGAGAUCAUGCGAGACAGACUGACGAAGGCCCUGCUGGCAGACACAGAAUUCACACUGUGAUAUUGGAUCGUGUGCUGCUCAUGCACUGUGUCUGUGCUGGGAAUGAGGGGUGAUAUUAAUUUUUACUGUAGGAACUCAUUUCCUUUCCUCAGGAUAAUUUGCACUGUGUAUUACACUAAUAUUACACUGUAGCAAAUACACACAAUUUGACAUUGUAAGAGUGAACUUUAAAAAAAAUGUUGACCAACCAUAUUCAACAUUCCUAAUAGUCAGACGGCUGCGUAACAACAUAAUUGAGGCACUUUAAAACUAUCAGUUUUUUGUAAUAUGCCAUAAUUUAGUUGAUAAUUUAAGUUAUUGCUGUAAAUAUGAUUCUUAUGAAUGAAGUAUAUUUUUUAUGCUCAGACCAAGAAUAAAUAAACAGAAUAAUUUAUUAGUUAGCCUGUUAUAAACACCUGACUAUUUGUAAUACAGUCCAACAGAACACUCCUGUAUUAUUUUUAAUACUGUUUUAUUUGUGUUUUACUUAAUUCUAGUGCUCUGUGAUUAAUUCUAACAAUAUAUGUUUGACAUUAUGUAACACUGGGUAUUUGUUUGAACAAUAAAAUGUGUAUU